UCUUUCCUUAUUGAAACAUAUCUCAUACGUCUACAUUUUUUUUACCAAACGAACAUUAUAUAAGACUUUUCAAACAAUCAAAUAUUCAGCACCAUACUGUGUUAUCAUAUCGCAGCGGAACAAGUAACAAUCAAAAUGAAGAUUACAAUUUGUCUACUGCUUGCCAUCUGUAGCGCAGUCAGUGCCCAUUCAUCGUAUGGUAGUGGAGGUGGAUCAGGAGGUGGAUCAGGAGUUGGAUGGGGAGGUGGAUGGGGAAGUGGACGUGGUGGAGGAUGGGGAGGUGGACGUGGUGGAGGAUGGGGAGGUGGACGUGGUGGUGGAUGGGGAGGUGGACGUGGAGGUGGAUGGGGAGGUAGACGUGGUGGUGGAUGGGGAGGUGGAUGGGGAGGAAGAUCAUACGUAGGAUCCGGACAUGUUUAUGUUGAAAGACAACCUUGGUGGUAUACCUAUGGCGCUGGAGGCGCUGGAGGCGCUGGUGGAGGUGGAGGUGGAGGCGCUGGAGGAGGUGGAGGUGGAGGCGUUGGAUUUGGUGGAUUAGGUGGUGGAUUCGGUAGUGGAUAUGGUAGUUACGGAAGUGGCUACGGAAGUGGAUAUGGUAGUUACGGGGGUGGAUCCGGAAGUAGUAAAGGAUAUUAGAUAUAGAUUGGUUUCCCACAACGGACAACGAAUGAUGUUUCUUUUUUAACUUUCAGUAUAUCAAAUAUAAUAGUUGCAUUCAA